CCGCCGCGCUCGGUUCCGUGCUCGGAGCCGGCUCCAUCCCGGUGCCACACCGCACCGGGAGCCCCAUUCAUUGGGCGGUGGGACCCCUUCUGUGUGGGGCACGAUGCAGGGACCCGCAGGGGGAAAGCUGGGGAGGUGCAACCCGGUCAACGUGACUUUCUAACACAUCGCGUCGCCUCGCCGCCGCCGUCCUACUUUCGGGUGCAGAGCAGAGUCCUUUCUGGGGACACCGAGGAGGGGGGAGCUCCUGGGUGCGCUCCCUCCCUGCUCCUUGGUGGGGGACGUGACGGUAACGGGGACGUGACAGUACCGGGGGACGUGUGUGACAGGAGCGGGGCGGCCGGGAGGCAGCGGGGAGGGAGGAUGCUGGAGCUGAGGAAGCGUCAAGAAACCAAUUAAAAGGAAGAUUACGGCGAGCGACUCCAUUGAAGGGUGUCCCCGUGUGCGUGUGACAAAGGACGGCAGCUCCCAGCAGCAUCCCCCCCGACACCCGCUCACCCAUCACCACCUAAAGCCCUUUUGGAGCCAUCCCGGGAGCCUUUCUGCUGUGCUGGAGGGAUCUGGCCACCGGAGCAUCCCUCAGUGUGGCAUUCCUGGCAACUCUCCAUCGUCUCCCGGAGCACCUGUGGACGACGGCGAUGUUUAAAAUCAAACUAGAGCCUUUAAAAAGGUCCGCUUGGACUAUGAACGUGUUCGUCAAGUUUCGGAAUAAGUACUCGGCUCCCGGCAGCGUCGCCGUCAUGGGAAAGGACUAUUACAAGAUCCUGGGCAUCCAGACCGGUGCCAACGAGGAUGAAAUCAAGAAAGCCUAUCGGAAAAUGGCCCUCAAGUAUCACCCCGAUAAGAAUAAAGACCCCAACGCUGAGGAGAAGUUCAAGGAGAUUGCAGAGGCUUACGAUGUCCUGAGUGACCCCAAGAAGCGAGCUGUCUACGACCAGUAUGGGGAGGAAGGUCUCAAAACUGGAGGUGGCUCUUCAGGUGGCUCAGGGAACACUUUCCACUACACCUUCCAUGGAGACCCCCACGCCACUUUCGCAUCCUUCUUUGGAGGCUCCAACCCAUUCGACAUCUUCUUCGCCAGCAGCCGCUCCCGAAUGUUCAAUGGCUUUGACCAGGAAGACAUGGACAUCGAUGAAGAUGACGACCCUUUCAGUGCCUUCGGCCGGUUUGGCUUCAAUGGCAUCAACGGGGUUCACCGGCGGCACCAAGAGUCGCUGCACACACGGAGGAAGGUCCAAGACCCACCCGUCAUCCACGAGCUCAAGGUAUCCCUGGAAGAGAUCUACCACGGCUCCACUAAGAGGAUGAAGAUCACGCGCAGAAGGCUCAACGCUGAUGGCCGGACCAUGCGGACUGAGGACAAGAUCCUAAACAUUGUCAUCAAACGGGGUUGGAAGGAGGGAACCAAAAUCACAUUCCCCAAGGAAGGGGACGCCACCCCAGACAACAUCCCUGCCGACAUCGUCUUCAUCCUCAAGGACAAGCCUCACUCGCACUUCAAGAGGGACGGGACAAACGUGGUCUACACGGCAAACAUCAGUCUUAAAGAGGUGGGUAAGGGUGGGAAAUCCCAUGGGGUGGGAGGUGGUGCUGGGUCAUGGCACUCAGAGCCGAGACAGCAGUCGGUUCUCCUGCGCCGAUGA